GUUGAAUCAAAACAGAUCCAACAUCGGGAUAUUGACCUAGCAGAGAUAUAACAGUUUCGCUGUCAGUUUUGUUUCUUGUGGGUGUGUGCAGGAGAGUGGAGCGGAUUCAGGUGAUCGUUGGAGCAGACGUUGAGAUAACUGAGUGCACUGUCCAGCUUUUUGCCGACACCAAAAAUAACAUUGGCCAUUCUAGACUCACUGGUCCUAUUUAUUUUAUCAAACUUAAAAAAAAAACAAAAUGGAAUUUUCUGGGACAUUUCGACGUCUUCUCUUCGCCUGUGCCACAUUGAUGUCAUGUCGCGUCUCAACAGCUUCAAUCUGUGGCAGUAAGUUCUGGGGGGGAAAUUUUGUUGGGGUACACUUUAUGUUCCAUUCACACGAUCAAAUUUUCAUACACUUUUGCGUCAGAUUUCUUUUUGAACGCACUAUUUUGCAACACAAAAUAGUGCCGUUUAAAACCGAAAUUUUACGGAAAUUUGAUCUUGUGAAAUGAGGAUAAAUGUAUAAUAAUGUUUGUGUAAAAUGCAUGUUUCUUUAUGCUAUUAGAUUAAAUGGGAUUAUUUAUCAGUUCAUUUCUUAAACAAAUUUCAAUUAAUUUACUAAGAUUUUAAAAAAAACUAAUCUCGUAUUUAUAUUGCAUAUUAUGUUUGUUUGUAAUAGCCUCCCUUUAGGUAAAAAAAAAGUAGCCUGCAUUUAAAAAAAACAAAUUUUUUUUUUUUUUAAUUAUUGUUAUUUACUUUUUAAAAUAUAACGACUUGAACGACAAGGACAAGAAGAAACUGCAUUGUUCAGCUUAAGAUGCAUUUACAAAUCGAACGGGCAAGCUUCUCAUUUGGUGGCUUUCAACUCUCACUUACAAGAUAUGAUUGUGGUGUGUGUGUACGAGCGUGAGUGUGUGUUUAAAAAGUUAACCUUACUUCCAGUGAUGACUAAGGCGUGUGUGUGUGUGUGUGCACUUGUGUGUGUGUGUGCACGUGUUAAUCCUAAUAUGAUGCUACCAGUGAUGACUACGAUGUAUGUGUGAGGAUGCGAGUGUGUGUAUCAGCCUACCCGCACGCACGUUUAUAAUACCAUGUAACAAUGGUGUCGAUAUACACGUUGCCCAUUCUCAGAAUUCAGCAUUGGAGGACCCUGUGCGCUGUUACCUACCACAACGAAGAGUACUACCACCACCGCCGGGCCCUUGGUUGACAACUCCUACUGUUUGUUGGGUGAGUCUUGCCUACUUAGAAAUGGACGCUUUAUUACCCUCUGAUACAGUUUCUCAUGUUUCGCUGACACUCCGCAUUCAUUUAAUUAGUUUCGCCGCUACUUCAUAAAUAUAUUAUGUUUUCCUAUGGUCUUAGGCGACACCUGUGUCAGGGUCAUGCGACCCCCAAAGGGGUCAGGAUCCUCAGGUUGAGAACCGCUGCUCUAGGACAAGAAAACGAACUUCUCAUGUGACUAUAAUUAUGGGCGACAUUAUAGUUAAUUACUUUAUUUAAGGUUUUCCCCUGAACGUUGGUGAGUGAUGAGUGACUUAGUUAGUAGCUCACACAGAUGACACAGACGAUACCUUUUAAAAACAGAAAAAGUCAGGCAUUUUCGGAUACUUACGGUACCGUAAGUCUUUAGACGGGACCAUCAAAUACAUUUAAAAUUAUUGGGGUCCGUCCUUCACGGGCGAAGAUGACAAAAGCUUCGAAUUGAGUAGUAGCCUUGACUUGAGCUGUAUUUUGUUUGAAGUGGGAGGGGGGGAGAGUUGCUCAAUUCGCCAGUCUUACUCUCUCAUCCUUCCUUAUUUGUCCCAAUGACUUAGUCAAGACGACUGGGGUUAGACCAGGAUGCAGUGGGUGACCACCAGUGUUUCCUGUGUCGCACUGUGCUCUCUUUGUGCGUUCUAUGUCGCAGGAGUUGUCGGAAUUUUCAUUGAGUUGUCGGAAUUUUCAUUGUGUCCAUGUCAUACCGCCUACGGGACUCCAUCUCCGGGUCUAAUGUCAGAGUUGGCCUUCUCUUAGAUGCGUUGCCAUCCAAGUUUAACGAGUCCCACCCACCCGGGGUGCCGGUGGUUUUUUGUGUGUUUGCUUGUUUAGACUUUCGAUCAUGUUAAACCAAUCAGCCAUCCACCAUCCUUGAUACACUUAUUAUAGUCAGCAAAUAUUGACGACUUAACUAAUCUUCAUUAAGGUUUUUUAAAAACAAAUAACCAAACAGCACACUUAAUAUCAAACCUGGUCUUCUUAUUCCCUGUUAUGUAGGACGUGUUUACGUCACACUUUCCCCGUGCCUUGAACUCUGUUUGACCCCAAAUUAGAUUGCGUUCAUAUUGGGCGUGGCCUAUUUGUUUUGAUCUUUGUUUACCACAAAACAGACUAUCGCCUGUUAUUCUUGACUCGAAUGGGGUACAAAAUUGUUGUAAAUUAUAGAAAUUUAGAGAAGAUUCGAGUCACGACUGCAAUGUAUAUUCUGCCCCCGAAUCUUCUUAGAAACAGGCGAUACCCAUAUAUAAAGCCGGGGAAUAGAAAGACGGGAGAUGGAUAGAGCGAUAUUUCUUUUUGACUUUUCGAGUCAAGUGUAUUAUUCUUUGUGUACUCAUUUGUAUUCAUCAUUGUACUUUAUUAAUUGGCACAUUGUACUGACUGUGUACCGUUACAAGACAUCUCAUACUCUGUAAGUUGAUUAUUUUUAAUUGUAUUUCUUUUGUUUUGUAAUUAUAUUAAUACUUAAAUAAAUCUUACUAAUUGUAAUUAGUACUGUUUAAGGGUGUCGUUUUUUGCUAUUGUAUAUUUCUAUGGUAUCGUCCUUUGUUAUGCACUGUUUGAACGAGCCAUAAAAUUAAAAUAAAAGAUUAAGUUCUCACAAAAGAAGGCAGUGCGUAACAUUCCCCAUAAUAGCAAAAUUGUUUAGAAAAGAGGUAUGUGUGUUUGCUUAAAACACCAUUUGACAUAUAAAUCUAUGCUCUCGACACAUACUACAAAGCAUUUCAUUGAUUUGUAUUGUCAUAUCUUUUUCAUAUACGUUUUUCAUAUAUUUAUCCUUUUUUGUCAAAAUAUGAUUUUCUAUAUAUACCCCCCCCCCAACCAACCCCAAAAGCGAAAUCACAUGCUACACACAAGUUUAUGUGAGGGAUAUCUUUCAGCUAUUGGAAUAAAUUGCUGUUCAUCAAAUUAGACAGCUUUGGUUUGAAUUGUGUCAAUCUCCUUCACAGCAUGCGCGCAACAAAAUGACGUCAUCUUUGGGUCACUCUGCAACUGCGCAGGCAUGACCACAACAACUUUGGCCACGACUACAACACCACAGCCAGGUAAAGAGAACACGUCAUACACAACCUAACAUCUCUUGGUGUGUGCGAUCUAAGCGUGGAUGAACGAGAUCUGGGGUAGAGGGGGGAUGUAAUGAGCUGGAUACAAACUGGGUAACGGUAUUCUUUGACAGCGAUUUUUCUGAUGCUCGGGAACUUUGAUGACGUAACGAAUCGUCACAUCCUCCCCCCCCACCCCCCCCCACCCCCCCCCCGAAAAAAAAAAUCGAAACCGAUUCCCAAAGACCAGAAAUUAACUGCAUUUGAAAAGUCGUCUAAGAAGUUUGUGCAUUUAAUCGAAUAGGUAAAUUAAUUCGUGUUUUUUUUUUAAAAUAAGAUGCUGUUCUCUUUCGGGUGAAAUUUUUAUUUCGUUACUGAAGAUAUAUGUACUACAACACAGUUCUUAAACCAGUUACUACGGGACAACAGUGGGAGCACUGGGUAGGUUUUUUUUUCCCCCAUCUUGUUCUAGGACACAGUCUAACAAAGUCUGUUUUGUUAUUUCGCCCAUCGAAAUGGAUCAAGGCCGUUUCAAUCAUCGGAUUCGUGCUAGGGCUUGUUCAGUCUGCGGGUGCACAGAUGGCUCCUGGGGAAGAUUCUGGCACGAAAUGUUCUUGUGCAGUAACUGCAGGGGGUUGAUGUGACAUCUCCAGGCGCAGAGUUAACCUGGGACUUUGUAGAUUGUAUUUUAUGCUCUGCAGCGCAUAUUGGCGUCUCAUGCUGUAAUGGGGGCUCAGUGCAAGGAGAAACGCCGCGAUGAUCCAUUCUUUGCCGAUGCUUCCCAUGUUUAUAUCGUAAUAAGUGGUGAGAGACUGCAAUCAGUGUAGGUAGAAGGAAACAAGUGAAACAAGGCGUGACUGGGGCGGAUGGGGGGGGGGCGCAAGAAAAUAACGCACGUUUCGGCAAGAAGCCUUCAUCAGCAAAGAAACAAGGCGUAAAAUACAUAUAAGAAUUUAAAAAUAAAUAUUUAAUUGAAAUGUGGCAUCUGGGAGGACAGCAGGGGGACAGCAAGAAGGCAUCAGGAAAGCAGCAAGAGAACAGCAAGACUAUAGCAAGAGGAAAGCUAGAGGAAGGACACCUUCAUCCAAGUGUCUAUUUUUAAUUUUUAUAUUUAAUUUUUUGUUACACUUUUUACACCUCCGCGACCCUGUUUUUUCCUACUACUUAUAUUUUAGAAACCUGCUACUACACGAGAGCAAGAACGGCCACUCUGUCUCCAAUUGUCAAGAGACUCUACUCUCCAACCAACAUCACGACAGAAUGCCAAUAUCCAGGCGUGGUCGGUCUCUACAGGAACCCGGGUACAGCAGACGAGAAACUUCAGUGCAUGGGGACAUUGCUGGAAGAAAAUAAAAUUUUGAUUGACAGUUAUUGCCUUCAGUUAAUUCAAAGGUAAUGAUUAUAGGUUGAAGGUAAUAGUUAAUUAUCUUUAAUUGAGUUAUAAUCUGAUACAAGGUAAUCAUCGUCUACCUAAAUUCUACAAUAAGUUUUAAGUUGAUGGUUUUUAUAUUAAGCCAAGGGUAUUUGUCUUCCCUAAUCUCAAUAGUAAUUACCUUUAAGUUUAAAUAUAUUUGUAUUUUCAAUAAUAUUAUUUCAAAUUCUUUCGCUAGUUUCAGCCAUAAAUGUUUACGGUAUGAUGUCUUUCCGAUGUGCGGUCUAUGGAUAAAAUAAUUAUGAUUCACUUGCUAAAUCCUAAAAAAUAAAUUUAGAAAAUAGAAAUAAAAUAGAAUUAAUGAAUGUCUUGUAUUGCAAAGUUGAUGACCCUAAAAUGGCACUCAUAAAUUAGCCAGAAUGUGUUUUCUUGUUUUUCCCCAGCACUCAGACAUAUGUUACGGUCGAGUCCUACCAGCAGUCGUCCGUCUCCACAAGUUCCCCAACAGUUCUCCCGGCUACAGCGAAAGCCCUGGAUCCCAGUAAGUCUGUUCUUUCCGUUGACUUGCAGGCACCCAGCGUUGUGUCUACAAUUCAAAUGGUCUGGUCUUAAUCUAACGGUCAAGUGUUAAGAGUCAAUGUGCUCCCAUCAAUUCCAAGAGUUAACAAACUAAAUACCGGUAAUAAAGAAAGAAAGAAAUAUUUAAAAAUUCGGCCAAAUAUUUUCAAAGGUGGCUAUUUUGAAUUUCUUGAUUUCGUCAGUUCUGACCAUCAAUUCUUAGGGGAAAAAAAACUACAACAGUAAAAAUAGCAAAGGUAAAGCCAUACUUAAACCCCAUAAUUGAUUGUUUUUUUUCCCCCUAAGUUGCUUAAGGGAGCACAAUAGUCGAUUCUUUAUUUUUAAAUCUUGUAUAAUUGCUUCACUUUUGUUCGUGUGUUUCUUUGUGGCAAAAAUCUUCGUAAGUCUAACUGACCCCCACUUGCCGUCGUCCUAUCGCGCUGAAACUUGGCACACAGAGUCGUUGCCAAUGACGAAUCUUUCAAUUUUUCAGCAACACGACAAAUUCUUCUUUUAAAAUAAUAUAUCUUUAGUCUAAUAGGUUUUACAUGCACUAAGUUAGAUAAAAACUAUUGCGAUACAAAAAAAAAAAAAAAAAAAAAAAAAUUCAGUUACAACAAACAAAAUAAAUUUAAAAAAAAAAUUAAAAAAAAAAAAAAAAAAAAAAAAAAAAAAAUUCAGUUGCUACAAUCACAAUCAUUUUAAAAAUCAUAUUAUACAAUAACAUAAUUGCAAAAAAAAAAAUAAAUAAAAAAAAAAUAAAAUAAAAAUUCAGUUGCUACAAUCACAAUCAUUUUAAAAAUCAUAUUAUACAAUCACAUAAUUGCAAAAAAAAAAUGCAUGUAAAGGAUUGUUAAGAAAAACUUUGUUUUUGGCGGCUGGUUUUAGUUAUCUAGUCAGUCAGAAGUUUCUCAACGUUAAAAAUUGGCCAUGCUCGCCAUCCCGGCUCUCACAUUGUGUAUCCCCAGCCGGGGCCAACAAGAAGCUGUACACCGUCUCACUGAACGCCCCCAUCACGUUCAACGAGGCGUGCAUCCAGCCGGCGUGCGUGCCCAACGCCAACAUCUACUCCGCGGACAUCGACUUCACGGACUGCCGGUUCGUGGGGUACGGGGACACGACGGACGGUAGGUGACGCGUCCCUGGUCAUUCUUUAAUUAGAACAGUGGUUCUUAACCUGGGCUCGAUCGAACCCCAAGGGUUCGGUGAGUCAGUCUCAGGGUUCGGCGGAGGUCCGAAAAAAAUCAGGAAAAAAAAAUUAUAUUUAAUUUUUCUUAUCAAGAAGGGUUCGGUGAAGGCGCAUAUGAAACUGGUGGGGUUUGGUACCUCCAAAUAGGUUAAGAACCACUGAAUUAGAACCUUCUUCGUUUUGGGGGAGGGGGGGGUUGAGGAGGGGCUUAGAUCCGAUUCGGGGAUAUGGAGUCAGCUUCAGAGGCGUAUCUAGAGUGUUUGGUGCCCCGGGGACAAGAUUCAUUUUAAAGCGCCUCCCUUUCUUUUUUAAACUCUCAAACCCAUUUUUUUUUCAUAAAUAAAAUAAUAUCAAAGCAGAUGUUGGCGCCCCUAACUUGUCUGGCGCCCAGGGACAUCUGUCCCCCUCCCUCCCCCCUAGCUACACCUCUGGUCGGCUUUCAAGCUAUUAUGUUGGCAUAGGUCUGGUUGAAUUAAAAAUAAAAUUAAAAAUAUUUCAGUGCCUGGAAAUGAUUAAAGCUGUAAAGAAGGAUUCGCGCUUGUGAUCGACCGUCUGUUCAGCAGCAAAGUAUGAUUUGCUGGGGUCAAGGUCGGUUUCAUUGAGACCGAGGCAUACGAAUGAUUUAAAACAGUCGUAAAUUUUUAACGUGGGAAACAAAAACUUCAUUGAAUGUGUUAUUGGUUACAGUGUUAAUCUUUGUAACUCACCCACAAUCCCAUUCGGCCGGCUUUAUUGGCUCCAAACUCUUGUACCAACUGAUGACCGCACGCGUGCGUACUUUGUGUCAAGGUAUAUAUUUUUUUUUUUCGUCUACCAGUCAUCGGCUCAACGAGCCCAACGUUGAUGGAACUGAAGGUCAAGGUCAACACGGGCAGCAUCGCCGGGGGCUCGCUCACCUACACGAGAGUGGACAAGCUGAGCUCCAAGACCGGUCCUUGUUUUGUGAGUCCCGUGUAUCAUGUUGAGAUUCUCUAAUAUUUGUUAUGAAGUUUACUUUGCCUUCUCCUUUUAAUCAUCCUGUAGCACAGCGACUUCUCAUAUCCAUGUAAACGAUGGCGUGACCAACUCUAGCCGCCCGGAAAGCCCAGCGGUGCUUUAAACUCCGAUGACUCCUGGUGGCGAUCGUUUGAUCGUAGUGGCGUCAGCGUCACAAUCAGAACAUUGAAAGAUGAACACCCCAUUGGUGUCAAUACUCAUUUAUAAUAACUUUUUUAAAAUAGUUAUAUCGGCUCAUAUUAUUAUUAUUAUUUUUAAAUACCAAUAAUCUUACAGAAGCAAUAUAAUCCUUAAUUAUUAUUUAUGUUAUUAUUGUCAUUCAUCCCCUUGCUUGACUGCAUCCCGCGAAAUCUUGUAGGGCGACCAAGGGGCGCCACUUAUUUGCACCCACAAGGUGACAGGGGAGUGGAUCACAGUAGGCGUGGCUCUAGCUAUUGGUUUCAAGUGCUCCCUGGGAACCUAUGCGUAAGUAAUUUUAAGAUGAGACCAAAUCAUAAAUUUUUCGUUGAGACCAUACCAUAAAUUUGUUGAUGAGACCAUAUCAUAAAUUUGUUGAUGAGACCAUAUCAUAAAUUUGUUGUUGAGACCAUAUUAUAAAUUUAUUGAUGAGACCGUAUCAUAAAUUUGUUGAUGAGACCGUAUCAUAAAUUUGUUGAUGAGACCGUAUCAUAAAUUUAUUGAUGAGACCGUAUCAUAAAUUUGUUGAUUAAACCGUAUCAUAAAUUUUUUGAUGAGACCUUAUCAUAAAUUUGUUGUUGAGACCGUAUCAUAAAAUUGUUGAUGAGACCGUAUCAUAAAUUUGUUGAUGAGACCGUAUCAUAAAUUUGUUGAUGAGACCGUAUCAUAAAUUUGUUGAUGAGACCGUAUCAUAAGUUUGUUGAUGAGACCGUAUCAUAAAUUUGUUGAUGAGUCCGUAUCAUAAAUUUGUUGAUGAGACCAUAUCAUAAAUUUGUUUCUCCCGUUUUAUGAAUCUAGAUUAACAUUAUAUGGGAAAGAAUCCAAACUGGUCCAAUAUCAAACUAUAAAACAGUGACAUUAUUCCUUUGUAGUGUGCAGAGUUUACUGCUCGGUUGAUUUUUGUUUUAAACAUGAUCAGACGUGAACAAGCAGUCAACAGAAAAUUUGAUACCGUAAGCCCUAAUUAAUCUCUAACCAAAUUCUAGUCAAAUUCUGGCUAAAUUCUAGUUAAACUUCUGCCCAAUUCUAGUCAAACUCUGGCCAAAUUCUAGCCAAACUCCAGAGUAAUUCUAGUUAAACUCUAGCCAAACUUGAAUCCAACUAUAGUCAAACUCUAGUCAAACUCUCUUUAAGCUACAACCAAAUUCUAUUCAAACUCUUUUCAAACUCAGUCAAAAUGUAGUCAAACUCUGGUUAAACUAUAAUCCAACUAUAGCCAACCUCAAGCCAAAUUCUAGUCAAACUCUAUCUGUCACAAUUCUAUCCAAAUUCUAGUCAAACUUUUGUUGAAUUGCAUUUAAACCAAAGGCAAAAUCUAGUGUGCUCUAUUUUCUUUCGCCGCCCCCCCCCCCUUUUUCAAAUUUUGUCACUAUACUUUGUUUCACUUAUUUCCUUCUAUUUAUAAAGGGCAUCUACAAUUUUGGCAAAUGAAUUAAUUAUUUAUGUUUUUUUUAAAUAUCCUUUUACUGAAAUAAUCAGACUGUAUUCAUGUUACACACUGUGGUGUUUUUCGGGGUUUGAACAAUAAAAUUAACUUUUUUUUAAAAUGGUGUAUAAAAUAUGGGCACAUGAGGUCCCAACAUUUUCAUCCAAUCAAAAUUCUGACGAGUUUUAUUUAUUUUUAAAUGCGUGUUACCCCAUAUUAAUGCGUCAUUGAUUAAAUUCAGAUGAAAAGGAAUAAGAAUUUUUUUUUUUUAAAUUACAAGCCCCCAUCCCUCUCUCACCCCCCCCUUUUCCCCUCAACCUCUUCCCCUCACCAAUUCCUUGAUAAAUUCAAAUGAAAAGGAAUAAGAAUUUUUUUUUUUUAAAUUACAAGCCCCCAUCCCUCUCUCACCCCCCCCUUUUCCCCUCAACCUCUUCCCCUCACCAAUUCCUUGACAACCACCCACCCCCACCCUCCCCACCCAAAAAAAAAAAAUUAAGGAAUAUUUUACUAAAUAUAUUUUUAAAAAAAUAAAAAAUUUAAAAAUUUAAAAAAUAAUAAUUCGGACGAGAUCUGUCAUAAUCAUGUAAUAAGGUCUCCGGGUAUUUGGAUGGAACUAAUAACGUCACAUGGGAAGUGCCGUCGGUGGGCCGUCGAGCGUUAGCUCUUAAUGCCACCCCCCCCCGCACACCCUCACACGGGCCAAACGCUGGGGGUCCCCACCACCAGACCGUGCGGGGGGCAUGCCGGGGAACCCCCCCCCACCCCACUGGCCUGGGGGAUGUGCGGUCGACCGAAAACGCUGCACUUAAAGAGUUCGCGGUUAACUCUCCCUAAGAGUCUGGGUGGCUUUGCUUCCCCUCCGGAGGAUUGGUGUUUGCGUUUCCACCCACCACCACCCACCACCACCCACCACCACCCACGGGGAUGUAGCAAACGCAUUAGAUGCGGCUCUCACAGCUCGGCCAUUUCCUUUCAGAGCUGUAACCGUAGCCAGUCUACUUCGGGAGUCCACCGUCCACAACUUCUACAACGGUCUUCAGACGUUCAAGUACAACCCAAGCAGCUAGGGCUUAGUUCUGUUUCUGAAUGACGACGUAUUCAAGAGCUGGUUCUUUAUUUUCUUAACCUUUUGUAACGGGGAGUUCCGCAACAAAAGACUAAACACUAACAAGACAAGGCGUUUUAUCGAUGGAAUCAAACAACAUAAACAUUAAUUUAAUUUGAAUAUCAAACAUAAGUUUGAGAAUAAUCUAAUGGCAAUAAAUUGAACCUGGUGGCACCUAAGAAACACGUUGUCUUGCUCGAAUGUUAUUCAAAAUUUUUUUUUUCUCAUUGGAAUAUUUAUAAGUAUCAAAUAAAUUCUAUUUUUAGCACAACACAAUAUUUUUGUUGGCAAUAAUUAUUUAGUGUUGUUUCCGUAUCCAUUACCGAUCUGAAAAUGUUUCAAUCAUGG